AUGGGAGAGGCCGAGGUGUGUAACCUUGCCGAGGGCAAAGGCCAGUUCUCCGAGCGGCUGGAUGUCUUGUUGGGCAACGUGAAGAACGGGUCCCUGCGCUUGAGGAUCAGCUGCAUGCAGCCGCAGCCAGGCGCUGCGCUGAGGCACUGCAGUAUACCCCUUCUCUGUAUUGAGGAGGUGCGCCUCAGUUCCAGCAACACUCUGGAAAUACUAACAAAGUUGGCAGAUCAGAUUUUCCUCCGGUUCGACGACGCGAGGCUGGCAGCGUUGGCCUUCAAGAAGCUCUCUGAUAGCCCCAGCGUGGUCGUGGCCGGCUCGCCUUUCUCCUUUGCUUUUUGCUUCGCAGCGGUAUUGGCUAGCUCGCCCGCCCACGAGCUGCAAGGGGAGCAGCCUCAAGGCGCGCCUCCAGCCAGCACCUUCCACGAGGCAGUGGACGGGCCUCAGUCCGACCAGGACUCCGACCCGUACAGCUUCAGCCUCGUGGCGGAGCUCCAGCGCUGGACCCGCGCGCACGACGGCGCGGGCGAGCAGUGGCGUGUCGACUCGACGCUGAACAAUACCGUGUGUGCGCGACAUAUCCCCGCGAGGUGA